AUGAGGUAUCUGCGCAAAGGAGACAAGAUACUGGGAUCCAAUGGUGAAACCUACGGCGAAAUAAAUGACUCGGGAAAACAUGGCACGCUCUUCCAGGUGCUUAGCCGCUAUGAACCGCCGGGGGACGAUCCCUUGAAGAAAGACCUGCCAUUUCAACCCCCAUCAUAUCGAGACCUCAUGCUCUCCGAAGAGCACUACUACAAUGCAGCACAAGGCAUGGCUCAACUGUACUACCCGCUUGCCAGCAAAAUCGGCCAGCUAUAUUCAGCAAUUACGGGCUGGAAGUUCCCUGGCUUUCAUCCUUCUGCCCUCUGGUACCAGCAGCCUAUUUUCUAUCAGUCCAACCAUCUAGCUAUAUACGCAGACGGCGCGCCGAUACACUGCCCUGCAUACUGCGACUACCUCGACGUGGAAUUGGAACUGGGCGUAAUUCUGGGCAAGCAGAUAUUCAACGCAAGCGUAGACGAAGCCACGGCUGCGAUUGCUGGCUUUUGCGUUCUCAACGACUUUAGUGCUCGGAAUGUUCAAAUGGCCGAGAUGUCAAGUGGUUUUGGGCCGCAACAUUCCAAGUCCUUCGCCAACAGCAUAUCAUCUACGGUGGUAAGCGUAGAUGAGAUCUUUCCCAAGAUAGGAGAGCUAACUGGCCGCGUCAUCUUGAAUGGAAAGGUGGUUCAAGAGUGCAAGCCGGGCAAGUGGCAGUUUACUAUUGGUGAAGCGAUUUCUCAUAUUUCAAAGGGCACACGUUUGUAUCCAGGGGAACUCAUUGGAUCGGGAACGUGGCCGCUAGGUACGGGGAUUGAGUUGGCGAGAUUUCGGUUGCAGGUUGGAGAUAGUGUUCGGCUUGAGAUUGACGGAAUUGGAAGCGUGAGUAACAAUAUCGUAGGGGAGGAGUACUUUGAUACGAGUGCGUAG